AAUCGAUUAGUCAGUAUCUAAGGAGGGCGGUGCGGGAGGCGGCAGCUCUACCGUCCAAUUGGCUUCAGGCUUAGCUGGGAGGCGGGAUGAAUUCUUGGAGGUGACUGAAGAGGUCCGCGGGCCACCUGGGAGCGCCGGAGCGAGGCCUGCAAGAUGGAGGAAGGCGGGAAUCCUGGAAGCCUGACUAAGAUGGUCCAUCUACUGGUCUUGUCAGGGGCGUGGGGCAUGCAAAUGUGGGUGACCUUCAUCUCAGGCUUCCAGCUUUUCCGAAACCUUCCCCGACAUACCUUCGGCCUGGUGCAAAGCAAACUCUUCCCUUUAUACUUUCACAUCUCCAUGGGCUGUGCCUUCAUCAACCUCUGCAUCUUGGCUUCACAACAUGCCUGGGCUCAGCUCACAUUCUGGGAGGCCAGCCAGCUCUGCCUGCUGUUCCUGAGCCUCACAUUGUCCACUAUCAACGCCCGCUGGCUGGAGCCUCGCACCACAGCUUCCAUGUGGGCCCUGCACACAGUGGAGAAGGAGCGGGGCCUGGGUGGGGAGGUGCCUGGAAGCCACCAGGGCCCCGACCCCUACCGCCAGCUGCGAGGGCAAGACCCCAAGUACAGUGUCCUCCGCCAGACCUUUUUCCGCUACCAUGGCCUGUCUUCCAUUUGCAAUCUGGGCUGCCUCCUGAGCAAUGGGAUCUGUCUUGCAGGCCUUGCCCUGAGCCUCAGGAGCCUCUAGCACUCACUUCCUCUCUGGCCCCCCUGAGGCCCCAAAUGUUAAUAAACACUUCUUUGGAAA